AUGAAUGUAAACCGAUUUCCAGGGCUUCUUCGAGCUUUGGAAGGCAUGAAGUCUCCUCAUGCCCUCAUACAGAAAGCAGCCAGUGGAAAUAUAUGCACAAUCAAAUGUGAAGGAGGAGGUCCACUCUACAUUUUAUUUUUCUGUGUAUGUGCAUGUCUGUAUGUCUUCCACAGGUUGGAACAAGAAAUACAGAAGUUGGAAAGUGAGGAAUCUCAAAUAUCUGCCAAAGAACAAAUCAUUUUGGAGAAACUAAAAGAGACUGAGAAGUCCUUCGAUAACUUGCAAAAGACUUUCUCACAACAGGAUGGUGAUGCAGUAAAUUACAUUUGCUCCCAGAUCCCUGAACUCCCAACCCUCUAUUCACGAACAGCAGAGCCAGUUCCUGGGCGGGACGGAGCAAGCAGAGUAGCUGCUUUGUGCACCAUGGAAAUUAAUGUGGAGAAAGACAAACAGACAGGAGAGACCAAGAUUGUCUCUGCUUCACCUGUUGGCCCAGAUGAGGCCCAUCAAAGAGGAUUCAAAGUCUAUGAUGAUGGUACCAAGGUAGUCUAUGAGGUUCACUCUGGUGGCACAGUGGUAGAAAACGGAGUACAUAAAUUAAGCUCAAAGGACGUAGAUGAACUUAUACAAAAAGCUGGACAAUCAAAUGUAAAAGGAGGGUAUGAAAUAAUGACUGUGUCAGACAGAAAUGCAGUAGCUGAUGGAAAUCUUAGCCAUAUGAAGGAGCAAAUGCUCUUCAAGGAGGCAAAGCUGGAAAUGGUACACAAACCAAACAAAGGGCAUGCUGUGAAUUCCCAGCCCCAAGACAAACCCCGUGGUGGCGAAGUUCCAGAGGCCAGUGCAGAUCAACCAGUUACAAUGAUAUUUAUGGGCUACCAGAGCAUUGACGAUGAAGAGGAGACGAAAAAAGUGCUGGGCUAUGAUGAAACCAUCAAAGCAGAGUUGGUUCUGAUCGAUGAAGAUGAUGAGAAGUCUUUGAGAGAGAAGACAGUGACAGACAUCUCCACCAUGGAUGGGAACGCCGCUGAGCUGGUCUCUGGCCGGCCCCUGUCAGACACAACAGAGCCCUCCUCUCCUGAAGGGAAGGAAGAGAGCCUGCCCUUGGAAGCUGCCCCAGGUACACAAAAGAAAAAGCGCUGCAAUGCUGUAAUGUCAUGUGAACACCUUCUCCUUCCCCACUCCGGCAGCUCCUGCUCCAUCACUUACCUAGACCUCACUGUACUUCUAGCUGCAAUACUGUGAACUGGAAGUGAAUGCCUCCAUUGCCUUGCAGUUGGGUUGCUUUGAUUUCUAGUUCUUCAGGAAGAGGAACUCAUGGUUAUUUUCCCAUCAGACGUACACACUGGGGUUUGAGGAGUGGUUGGAGAUUUUAUUUUAUUUUUUUCCUUAAUAUUGCAGAGUGAGAGAUAAGUGGGAAAUGGAACAAAUGUUUUCAUAUUUAUUUGAUCUAUACAUAUAUAUAAUAUAUAUAAUGAAAACACUUUUUACAUUUUCUUUGGAUAUCUGGCAAGCUUGAUCAGUUUCCUAGGAUUUUAUGGGAGUCUGAAUUUCACAGCAGCCAGAUAUGAGAGCCUUAAAGAAAUUUUGCUUCUCUUUUUUAAGACAAAAAUCACAUUUAAACAUUAUUUUAUAGAUGCUAUUUUUUAUUUCUCAGGGGAAGACUUAGAUCAUUUUACUAUUUUAAUUUGCUAAAAUUCAGAUAAGUCCUUCCUGAAAGGUUUGCAUAGUUUUGUUUUAUAGUAACUUUUCAGUUUAGUUUGCAGUGUCACAAAAAUCCAUCAGCCAUUUCUGCUUAUUGGUGAUACCAAAAGUGGACCUUAAUUAUUCUUUCUAGAAAACAUAUGAAUGAUAAUUUUGCCUUAUAUAAAUCUUCCAGAUUACAGUAUUGUACGUGAACUUCAUCUCCCCAAAUUACAACUGAAACUAACUUGACAAGAAAAAGAUGCAGCUGUAACACCAACUGAAAUGGGGUUACUGAUCUAAUUACUUGCCUUUCAGUAACUCUGCCAAUGUUAUAUAUGAAGUUUCCUGCUGAACUCCAGUAGAAGAGAGAUACUGCUUUCUAUUUCCCUAGAAUAUAAAUAAUCUUCUCUCACAAUCUGACUCUGCUCGCACUGAAUUCAGUGGGGAAAUUCUCAGUGCUGGAAAUGUGGGCAGGGCGAGAUUUUUAUUUUGCAUUAGGAAACUGCUAUUUUUCAUUGAGUGCACCUCCAGUGCACUGAUGUACUGACAAGUGAUGGGUCUGAUCCUGCCAUGCUUACCUAGCCAAAACUCCUGUGGAGGCCUACCGGAGUUUUGUUUAAGCAACUGUUUCAGAAAGCGAUCCUAGCGCCAUAAGGCUAACAUUUUCAAAAAGGCUGGUGGUUUGGAUGCUUCACUUCCUGGUGUGGGAUACUUCAGAGAGGCCUGAUUUUCAAUAAAUUUUUCUUCUGCCCUCUGAAAAUCAGGCCUUUAAAAAAAUGUCUCAAAGUUAAACUUUAAAAAGUGAAGGCAUCCAAAAUCAAUAGAUGUUUCUUUAUUUCUCAGUCCAUUGUUUCUUCUAACUACAAUGAAAAAGCAGCCAGCUUUUUCAUGGUAAGAUACUAUGAGCCUGAUUCUUGUCUCACAUUGGUUUUGCGUAGGUGCAACUUCACUCUGGUGAAAUUAGUCUGGAUUUGUAACAGUAGAAGUGAGACUGAAAAUCAGGAUUUGUAUUUUCUGAUAGUGUUAAAAAUACUGAAGAGUAUUUUGAAGUGUCUUUGAAACUAUCAGACUUUAAAAAUGAAUAUUACAACAGAAAAAAAAUAUUAAAAAGAAAGAAAGAAAGUAACAACAAGCCUCUUUUCAUUCUGAGGUGGUUCCUAUGGUAUUUCUGUAUUUUCUUGGAUGGUGCUUUUACUGCAUUAAUUGUUAGUUCAGAGCAUCUGAUUAAACAGUUCUUGCUCUGUACUCUUUUCUUUCUGUGCCAGUAAAAAAGACACUUGCUCAUUACAAAGGUUAUAUGA